AUGUUGGUUUCGGCUUCUUCCUGCUACACCCAUAGACCCACCAUCUCCGUCUUGGUACACGCUAACGACUCCUCACUCGCCGGAACAAGACGGCAUCAAACUCACCUCUCAACCCAUCCGCGAGCAUAUAUACGAAGCGCCCGAGGCCCCUCAUCACCCUACCCUUCAGGAUACAUAAGCGUAACAUUAACACCAGCCCCACUCCCCGUAUCAACGCCCGCAACGCUCACUAUCACCCCAGCACCUGCUACCCGACUAUCCACAUGUGGGUAA